AUGGAUGUCUUUGGAUCCAAUCGAAUACAUAAAGGGAAAAUACUGCGAUUGCUUUCUUGUUUCUCUUGUACCAGAGAUCAAAGUAAACUCAAGCGUAAAUCUCAUGAUGUGGAAAAAAACCUCUGUAGAGAAAAUAAGGCAUUGAGAGAUGAAAACAAGGCUCUGAGAACAGACAACAAAUUCCUCUGGGGGGAAAAUAAAGCCUUAGGAAGAGAAAAUAAAACAUUUCGAAUGGACAACCAAUUCAUCAGGGAAAGAAAUCGUAUCCUAAGGCAACAGAACCAGCUACUCCGGAAAGUGAAAAGGUUGAUUUUAGAGAGCCCAAAACUCUCCGAUGAAGAACUCAGUGCCUUGAACACAGAAAGAAAGUCUUACUGGCAACAGAACCGAGCCAUGGAGGCUCAGAUCACAGCUCUCAGGCAGCAGGAGAAAGCAUUCCAGAAUGAGGCAAAGGCUCUCCAUGAGGAGAUCAAAUCCCUGCAUGAAGAGACCAAGGCUCUCCAGCACCAGGAGAGGGCUCUCAGAAUGGCAGAGAAAGCUCUGAUGAGGGAUGAAGUGUCUGUGGAGCUGGAGGAGGUGCUGAAAAAGGAGGGAGCUGCUCUGGAGAUGGAAGAGCAGGCCUUGUGGCAGGAAGAGCAGGCUCUUCGGGAGGAGAACAAGGCACUGAGAGAAGAGCAUGGGGCUCUACAGGAUGAGGAAGUCGCCCUGCAGAAAGAGGCGAAGAUCCUGCAAGAGUGGAAUAAUAUUCUUCAGGGGAAGAUCACAAACAACCUCCCAGGGCAAACACACAGAGAUGACGCAGAGAAGUGUGACCUAAGAAUGUAA